GUCUCGCUCGCUCCUUCCACAGCUAGCUACUACACUACAUUACAUAACGGAUCGAUCGGAGCGUGAUGAUCCAUCCAUGGAGCUCACCACCACCACACACGGGAGAUAGCAAGCAAGCCAGGCAGAGCGACGACUUCCUUUAGCAGCUAGCUAGCUAGCUAACUAGCCAUGCUGCCGUCCUUCGUGUCGCCGACGGCGAGCGCCUCGGUGACGCCUCCGCCGCGGCCGAUACCAGGCAGCCACGGGCCGCCGGUGCUGGGCCCGCUGCGGGACCGCCUGGACUACUUCUGGUUCCAGAGCCAGGACGAGUUCUUCCGGAAGCGCGCGGCGGCGCACCGCAGCACCGUGUUCCGCACCAACAUCCCGCCCACCUUCCCCUUCUUCGUCGGCAUCGACCCGCGCGUCGUCGCCAUCGUCGACGCCGCCGCCUUCACCGCGCUCUUCGACCCGGACCUCGUCGACAAGCGCGACAUCCUCAUCGGGCCCUACAACCCGGGCACCGGCUUCACCGGCGGCACCCGCGUCGGCGUCUACCUCGACACCCAGGAGGCCGAGCACACGCGCAUCAAGACCUUCGCCAUGGACCUCCUCCACCGCAGCGCGCGCAGCUGGCCCGCCGAGUUCCGCGCCGGCGUUGGCGCCAUGCUCGACGCCGUGGACGCCGACUUCGCCGCCAACAAGGCAUCUUCCGCCAGCUACCUCGUCCCGCUGCAGCAAUGCAUCUUCCGGUUCCUCUGCAAGGCGUUCGCCGGCGCCGACCCGUCCGCCGACUGGCUGGUGGACAACUUCGGCUUCACCAUCCUCGACAUCUGGCUGGCGCUGCAGAUCCUUCCCACGCAGAAGGUCGGCGUCGUCCAGCCGCUGGAGGAGCUGCUCAUCCACUCCUUCCCGCUGCCGUCUUUCCUCAUCUGGCCGGGCUACUACCUCCUCUACCGCUUCGUCGAGAAGCACGGCGCCGAGGCCGUCGCGUACGCCGAGACGCAGCACGGCAUCAGCAAGAAGGACGCCAUCAACAACAUCCUCUUCGUGCUCGGCUUCAACGCCUUCGGCGGCUUCUCCGUCUUCCUGCCCUUCCUCGUCGCCAAGGUCGGCGACGCCGCCGACGCCGCGGGGCUGCGCCCGCGCCUGCGGGACGAGGUGCGGCGCGCCAUGGACAAAGCCAAAGACGCCGACGCCGAGUUCGGCUUCGCCGCCGUCAGGGAGUCCAUGCCGCUGGUGCGGUCCACGGUGUACGAGAUGCUCCGGAUGCAGCCGCCGGUGCCGCUGCAGUUUGGCCGCGCGCGCAGGGACUUCGUGCUGCAGUCCCACGGCGGCGCCGCGUACCAGGUGUCCAAGGGCGAGGUGCUGUGCGGGUACCAGCCGCUGGCGAUGCGGGACCCCGAGGUGUUCGACCGCCCCGAGGAGUUCGUGCCGGAGCGGUUCCUCGGCGACGACGGCGCCAGGCUGCUGCAGCACCUCUUCUGGUCCAACGGACCGGAGACGGAGCAGCCGGCGCCCGGGAACAAGCAGUGCGCCGCCAAGGAGGUGGUGGUGGACACGGCGUGCAUGCUGCUGGCCGAGCUCUUCCGGCGAUACGACGACUUCGUGGUGGAGGGCACAUCCUUCACAAAGCUCGUCAAGCGCCAGCCGUCGCCGAGCUUGUCGCCGGCAGCCGCAGCCGGAGCCGGAGCGCAACAGUGACAUGAUGCAUAUAUAGGAUGAUAUAUCGCGCGGUGACCACGUCGCCGUCUCGCCGACGCCGGCCGAGUAGUAACGUGUGUUUGUCAUGCAUACUGUGUGUUGGACUUCAUUCCAACGAUUGAUCGGUGUCUCUCUCUCCCGGCCGUUGAUAAUAAAACACUUGUGCAAUUGCAAAGUGUGGGUGCAUAUGCAGGCAGGACGUACACACUUGUAUAGUGAAUUAGUGAUGCGCUAUUGCUGCUGCAAACAAAUUAAAUGAACAUCUCCUCUUCAUUUGUCUA